GUACACGGUCACAUAGUGUAUGUCACACCACAGAGAGAGGGGCGCUUGGAAACCAACUGUACAGUAGUACAACGAGAGAGAGAGAGAGAGAGAGAGAGGUGCUUGGAAACCAGCUGUGCAGUAAUACGACUAGAAAGACAACAGUAGUACAGUAUUAGAAUACAGUCUGAGAGAAACAGGCCCUCAGGCACAGAAACAUCCCAAAAGCAAGGAACCAAGGAGAGAGAGAGAAGGACGGAGGAAAUUAAAAGAAGAGAAGUCCUACAGUUGGUUCCUCUCAGACACCAGGUGAGGAGUGAAGCCAGGUUGCCAGAUUGUGGAGAGGUAUCCUUCCUCCCUGUACAGCAUCUCUCCAAAUCUCCCACUGGUCUCUCUUGGUGUAGCUGGAUCCUAGCCCACCAACAUGGCAACCCUGAAGGAGAAGAGGACGUGUGGCCAGCGGUGUGAGGACUUCGGUCGCUUCGUGUGGAACUCAGACACUGGGACCAUGUUCGGAAGAACACCUGAGAAAUGGGGUAUGUACUGCAGAGCGGGAAAGGUGUGUAUCAUGUGAUUGUGUGGUGUGUGGUUGUGUGGUUGUGUGUGUGUGUCUGUGUUGGGAAAUAAGCUGUUGUUGGUUUGUUGGAGUACAUGCAAUAUUCACACUUUGUUGAAACACUCAUCUAGACUGGCUACAUGAGCUUAAUGCACAAGAGACCCAAGUGUACAGAGCUCCCACCUGACUUUGCUGUGUCCUUUGGAUAUCAGUGUGUGUAGUGUUAUUUCAGUGUGUGUAGUGUUAUUUCAGUGUGUGGACAUUAGAUUGAAGAGAUAGCAGUUUGACUGGUAAGCUUGUUGGUUUGUGAGGGGAGACUUCUGCCUCUGACCUCUGGACGAUCUCACAUUGAGAUAAUCCACAGCUCUCCCCCAUAGAGGGCACCUUGACCAACAGGCCACAGCAGUCAUACAGACACAUUGGACAUUCAAUUGGAAAUACAGGUUUAAGUUACCAACUGCAACCGGACCACAGACAACCCAAGAGAUGGCAGACUCCUUACCAACCCCUAUAACCAUCGUUGUUGAAUGCAGCCAGGCAAGAGAAGUUGGCUAAAGCAGGAACAGACUGGUACAAACUGACUCUCUCUCUCUCUUUCCCUCCCUUUCACUCUCUAUGUCCCCUCUCUCUCUCUGUUGCUCUCUCUCUCUUUCCCUCUGUCCCCUCUCUCUCCCUCUGUCCCUCUGUCCUCCUCUCUCUCUCUCUUCUCUCUCUCUCCUCUCUUCUGUAGUGUACAUCAGUUUGUACUAUGUAGCAUUCUAUGUGAUAAUGACUGGCCUGUUCUCUCUGGCCAUCUGGACUCUGAUGUACACCCUGGACCCCUACACUCCAGACUACCAGGACCGCUUAACAUCACCAGGUAACAGAUGAAAAAUAAUGGCAUCCUACUAUUCCCUAUAUAGUGCACUACAUUUCACCAGGGCCCAUAGAUUCAGCCCAUUUGUAAAAAUGGCCCUUCACUGUUUACUGCUCCCUGAAAAAGUCCAUGUUGUCCCUUGCAUCCUUCACCCUCCCCCCUCUCUCUCCCCCCCACUCUCCCCCUCCUCUCCCCACCACUCUCUCCCUCCCACUCUCUCCCCCUCCCCCUCUCCUCCUCCCACUCCUCUCCCCACUCUCCCCUCCCACUCUCUCUCUCUACUCCCCUCUCCCCACCACUCUCCAUCUCCUCUCUCCCACUCUCUCUCUCUCUCCUCUCCAUCCCCCUCCUCCCUCUCCCUCCUCCCCCUCCCCCUCUGUAGUGUAUGCAGUAUGUGACCAUAUCUGGGAUGGUGUUGGCUAACCUCUCGUCUGUGUGCAGAUGUGACCAUUCUGUGGUGUUGUGAACCUCUAGGGGUGUGUGGGUGUUGUAGGGUGAGGUCCUUGCCGCCUACAAUACAUUGAGUAGAUGUAGUACUCAGUCCCAUGUCUGAUAAAGCCAGCCAGAGGAAGAUGUCCAACUGCCUCAGCAACUUCCUCAAACGUCAGUGUCCAAGAUGAGACCCUAUGUAGUGGACUACUUUUGGCCAGAGCUGAGGGUGCCAUCACAUUUCAGACUUUAUCAGUCAUUUACCUCAAACCAACCAACUACAUGUGCUAGUCAAUGCUUUGACUUCCCUGCAUCACAAAUAAUUUAAUCCCUUCCAUUUUCCCUCUCACCUUCUCCUCCCUCUCCCAUCUAUCACCCCGCAUCUUCUCCUUCCCUCACUCUCUCCCAUCUAUCAACCCUCUCUCUUCCUCACUUCUCCCAUCUAUCACCCUCUCUCCUUCCCUCACUCUCCCUCUCCCCAUCCAUCACCCUCUCACCAUCUAUCACCCCCUCUCUCUCCUUCCCUUCCCUCACUCUACAUCUCCACAUCUAUCAACCCUCUCUCCUCCUCCACUCUCCCCCUCUAUCACCAUCUCUCCUUCCCCUCACUCUCCCAUCUAUCACCCUCUCUCCUUCCCUCCCUCUCCCUAUCUAUCACCCUCUCUCCUUCCCUCCCUCUCCCAUCUAUCACCCUCUCUCCUUCCCUCCCUCUCCCCAUCUAUCACCCUCUCUCCUUCCCUCACUCUCCCUCUCCCCAUCUAUCUCCCUCUCCCCAUCUAUCACCCUCUCUCCUUCCCUCCCUCUCCCCAUCUAUCACCCCUCUCCUUCCCUCACUCUCUCUCCCCGUCUAUCACCCUCUCUCUCCUCUCUCUCCUUCCCCUCACUCUCCAUCUAUCACCCUCUCUCCUUCCCUCACUCUCCCCUCUAUCACCCUCUCUCCUUCCCUCACUCUCCCCAUCUAUCACCCUCUCUCCUUCCCUCACUCUCCCCAUCUAUCACCCCCUCUCCUUCCCUCCCUCUCUCUCGGUCUGACUCCUCUCUCAGCCUACAAUGACACGUCUCAACAGUCUAACUGUAACUGCACCCGGGGAGAGUACUUCAAACAGGAGAAGUUUGAGGCGCCACACCACACCAAGUACUCCUGCCGCUUCACCCAGAGCAUGCUGGGACGCUGCUCCGGCCUGGACGACCCCAUGUUCGGCUACAACGGCACCAUGCCCUGCGUCAUCAUUAAGAUGAACAGGGUGCGUUCACAAUCACAAACCAGCUGGAAAUAUAACAUUACCUUAUGUUAUGCACAUGACAUUUACAACACGUGGGGAUGUUAUAACACGUGUUACUUAGUUAUAACACAUAUUAUAAUACAUUUAUAACACGUUAGGAAAUUGCGCUGAUAUACAUUAUGUUGUUUCUAACCCAGAUCAUCAACUUCCUGCCCAACAACGGGACUGGUAUGGCUCCUCAUCUGAACUGCACUAUACUGGUGAGUAUAAACCAAGAUGGCUACUCAACACCAAAGCCAUAUAUUUAUAUAUAAAUACAUCUGUGGCUCUGCUCAACAUGGCUGCCCAGGAAGACAGUUUCUCAGAACGUUCAAUCUAGUCUGCCAACAGUAUUUGAUGGAUGGUUGGUGUGUGUGCGCAGAGUGGCCAUGCUAACAUAGACAUGAUCGAGUACUUCCCCCCCAACGGAACCUUCGACCUAUCCUACUUCCCAUACUACGGCAAGCUGGCUCAGGUAACCACGACAACACUGUUUUCUUAUAUCUAUGGAACUAAUAUCAUUUUUUGGGAAACUCCAAUGCAUGGUGUAUUCAUUAGUCGAAAUCUGUUGCAAAACGUUUUGCGAUGUAAUCCAUUUAUCGUUUACUAACGAAUCUAACGGAAGCAAAAAGAGCAACACGGAACAAAACCCGGAAGGAUCUACCUGCAUUUGUCCAAUACAAACUCUCAUUUUCGUAGCAAAACAUUUUCAGUUUGGAGUAAAUGAUUUCCGUUCCCAACAAAAAUCAGACUAAUGGAUACACAUCUUUGCCAUGAUUGUUAAAAACAGGCUUUGUAGCAGGUGGUCCCUAUAUCCAACUCUAUGUAUAAACAUAAUUGGUAUGAACCAUGAACCCCCCUCUCGCUCCCUCCACAGCCCACCUACGUUAACCCUCUCGUCUCCCUCCACAGCCCACCUACGUUAACCCUCUCCGUCUCCCUCCACAGCCCACCUAGUCGUUAACCCUCUCCGUCUCCCUCCACAGCCCACCUACGUUAACCCUCUCCGUCUCCCUCCACAGCCCACCUACGUUAACCCUCUCCGUCUCCCUCCACAUGCCCACCUCGUUAAACCCUCUAGUGCUCUGAUUCUCGUGCAAGCAGAGCAGAGCGUUAGACCCUCUCUUUGUGGUCUCACAACAGUCCCUACUUAAACUCCCUUCUCCCUCAACAGUCCUCCUGAGGAAGCUCGUCUCCUGCUGAAGCCCAUCCUAUAAACCUUCUGUCACUGCCAAGCCUCUUUAACCACUCUCUGUUCCUACACGAGGUAGACCAUAGAUUGGAUAUGCUGUUCCCAGACUCUUAGCUUGUCUUGACAACUGAGCCACAAUUAGGGCUUAACCUCUUUUAAGUAGUCUGCGGGAAGAGCGCAAUUAAUAUCUUCCCAAUUUCUUCUUCCUCAACAAGUACUUCCUUAAACCAUAGAAAGUCCCACCUGGUUUGAGCCGUCUAUCCAAGUCUAUGAUCCCAACCAUCUCUGUCCGAACAGUGGUUGUUUUGCUUCAUUUUAGCAAUCUCUUUUACAAAGCUUCUAGGAAGAGUACGUAAUUUAUGGGUAUUGAGUGAUGCUUGUAUAACCAAGACAUUCUGUAUGCUUUGUUCACUCAUUGUAUCAUAAUGAAACCAUCAAUAUUAUUAAAAUCCAUAAAGACAAUAACAAUGUUCAAACAUCCUCUAUAUUUUAUUCUCUAUAAUUUCCAAACUCAUUAGAUAACAAAAAGAAAAAAGGUACGGUAUUACGGAGUCGACAUAUUUGUUCAGUUUUACAAAAGUUCAUUGGGGGUCUUUGUAGUGGACUCCCGUUUUGCCUUUUGACAAAAUCCUGAAGAAGUCUUGAGCUUGUUUCAACCCUAUGAAUGGCUCCAUCCUCCCAAAAAGUUAUGUUCGUUGAUCAUACGCAGCUACUUCAUUCCUCUGGGUGUCGUUCAUUUAGAAACAUUUUGGUACGUUUUGUCUCAAUGGGCUGCCUGCCAGCCAGGCAGAGAACCACUUCUGAUUUAUAACAACGUUCUCUUGAAUCCAAUUCUGAGGUCACCUUGCUUUGAGAUGGGAUGAGUGGCCUUGUCUCCUCUAGCGUCACACACAGGGACAUUUGGCCUCUACUGUCUGUAGGUAUUCACAGCAACACACAGGGACAUCUGGCCUCUACUGUCUGUAGGUAUUCACAGCAACACACAGGGACAUUUGGCCUCUACUGUCUGUAGGUAUUCACAGCAACACACAAGCACAGGGCCAAGUGACUGCCCAAAAACACACACUCACCAAUCUUGAAAAUAGCUGCCAGAAGGAAGUCACACACACAAAAUAAGAAAAUAUUACUACAAAUAAGCAAAGUACAAAACAUACACACACACACCCUCUCCCCUAGGAGAUGUAUAGGAAGUCAUUUCCACUGUCACGUCAACGACUGACACCACUACUGUUCAUAAUGUUAAAUACUGUAAUACAGCGACACAAGGCAGAUCUCAGAGGUUUCUGGAGGGAAUCUUUCCGUGGCCGUAUAUCAGUUCACUCAAGAACCAAAAAAACGAGUAUGGCAGGAGAAGGCUCCCAUUUCCUGUAACGGGGAGGCGGGCUGAAGAGGAGCGCGUUGUGGAGAUUACACUCUGAUAGAAACACAGGUUCAGAAGCAGAAAAAAAAUAAGUUAAUUCCCACAAAAUGCAUUAUACAGUCAGCGUCCUUGGCAGCAGAGACUACAUUUCCCAGAAGGCCAUUGCGUCGGUGCGCUCUGUGCAUUCUGAAGGCAGCUGAGGAAGGAGAAGCAGGGGCAGGAGCCUCCUCGUAGAUAGCUUGGUGGGGAGGAGGGAAGGCCUGAGAUGGAGCCGGAGGGAGGGAGAGAGACUUGUUCAUGGGAUAUGGGCUGCAUGCAUUCCAAAUGGCACUAGUCCCAAUACAGUGCACUACAUUUGUGCCAAUAUGGCUCUGGUCAAAGGUAGUUCAGCAUAUAGGGAGUCAUUUGGGACACACUUGGUUAAAUCAGACUGGUCUGGUAGAGUUGGUUGAGUGAGAACGAAGAACUACUGAUUUAAUCAUCGUCAUCGUAGUCCUCUUCAUCAUCCUCUUCCUCAUCUGCCAUGUAGGACACAGGGGUGUGGCCUCGCGAGCCGCUGUAGUGUGACUCGUUGGAAAUGGACGCCACUGUGCCAUCGGCGCCACUGAAUAUACAGCAGGAAACAGAAGGAAUUAGUUAGACCUUCCUGUUACAUCACUACCUGUCCAUUUAAAAGAGCUCAGAAAGAGCUCAGAGACCAUAGAGUUGGAUAGAGGGCACACUUGAAACAAAGCUUGUUUUAGCAUGGGCAGCGCCUCUGAAGGCUUUCACCCUCCAGAUAGGAGAUGAGCUCUCAAGUACAUUUCUAUGGAAGAGACUCACCUUGUGUGAUGGCGUCCUCCGUUUGUAGACGACGCUCCCGUGAUGUAGACGUUGCUUAUUGGGCCCGUGGCCAUUUCUGGAGGGGGGGGGGAGGGAACAGACACCAUUUAUAUAGCCUCCUUUACACACUCCCAGCCCAAGUAUAUCAGGGUGAAUAGGGUGCCAUUUGGGACGCAGUCCUACUGACCUGUAACAUAGGGCUCCAGGGCUCUGGGCACCAGGGUGCGGGCUUCCUUCAGGUCCUCUGGGGAACAGCAGCCCACCUCCAGUCCACAAGACAUCCCCAUCCUCUUCAACACCUCUACGUCAUCAUGGAUCUCAAACAUGUUGUCAAAGUUAAACAGGUACUCAAACCUGUAGGGUGGAGAGGGGGAGGGGAGGAGAGGGAUGGAGGCAGGAGAGGGAUGGAGGGAGGAGAGGGAUGGAGGGAGGAGAGGGAUGGAGGGAGGAGAGGGAUGUGAUGGAGGGGAGGGAUGGAGGGUGAGGGAGGGAGGGAGGGGAGGAGGGAGGAGAGGGUGGAGGGAGGAGCGGGAUGGA